CUCACAUCGAACUUUCAGCUGAGUGACAGUGAUGAAAUAUUAAAUCACUGAAUUAACUAACACCGGGAACUGGGGACUUGCUCGGUUUUUCGUGAUCUACUAUGGGCCCGAAGAAGGGAGGCGGCCCCCGUGGUGGAUCUAAAAACACCCCCAAACCGCCUCCAGCAGAAAUCUCCAUUAGCGACUUCGUGGCUGCUGGUGAGUCCAAGGGGAAAUCCAAAGCCGCGGACCGAAAUAAGGCUGGCCAAAAGGACGGCAAAGAUGAGUCGAGCGAAGCGUCAAAGAAGCCAACAGCACGGACGGUGAUAGGGGGCGCAUCAUGGACUGGAAAGUUACCUGUGAAUAUGCUCUUGGAGCACUGUCAGAAACAAAAAUGGGACAAACCGGAAUACACAAUGACAAAAACGAAAGAUGGCUUCGUCUCAAGCGUUAUUCUCAAGAAAACUAAUCCGAAGUCAAAGGAGACUAUCACUCUUCCUCCAAUACGCCCCCCUCCACCUCACCAGCAUUUGGCUGCCUGUCCCACGGCGAUGGAAGCUCGUCACUUUGCCGCGGCAUACGCUCUUUUUCGUGUAUGCAACAUGCGUAAUUUACACAUGAUGAUGCCGCCUACCUACCGCAAUCUGUGGAAGGACGAGUUUACACAACUAAAGAAUGCGGACGUGAAAGAAGGGAAAGGCUGGUUGUAUGAAGCAGACCCUUUCAAUGCUAUGCAGGAACGGGAACAUGCGGCGGCAGAGCUUGCUAAGAAGAGGGCAGAACGGGAAAAGGAGCAAGCCAAAGCUCAGGACCGAAAACUACAACAGCCAGGGCUGAAUACACGCGCGGGGAGCGCCGGGGGUCACGAUGGGAAACGCUGGCUGCAAGCUUCUAAGGUUGAAAUGGGAAGCAAGAUACGUCGUACAAUUGAAGAGUUGAUUAGACAGAAAGUUAUUUGGAAUCCAUACGGCGUGCGAAUAUCGGAUCCCCAAAAGAAGCGAAUUGUAGAAGAGUUGACUGGGCUAGGCUUCAGGAAGAGUCACGUUGAAGAAGCAGUCUCUGAAUGCAAAGACCGUGAAGAGGUUUUGGAGUGGUUGUUGAUACAUAUUCCAGAGGAUGAUCUCCCUGCCUGGAGUCUUCCUGAAGGGUAUACUGCUGGAAUAAGUCUAGCUAGUGGAGAUCUAUCCAGGGAAUCCAAGGUCAACCGGCUUUCCAUGUCAGGUUAUUCAGCAGAUUUCUGCGCUGAAGUACUUGACAAGAACCGUGGUAAUGAAUACCUAGCGGCCGAACAACUCCAAAAUAUGCUCAUACAAGACGGCAUUGUGCCCGAACCUAGCUCUCGUGCCACGGAUAUGGAGGCUUGGGAGGAAGAACACUCGACAUUAGAAGCAAUAUAUGGCGAGAGAUAUACAAAAUUGUCACCAAUUACAUGUGAAGUUAUUUCUGAGAACCCGAAUUUGCCAUGCAGAACGAUUUUCUAUUUCCAAAAGCCGUCAACUGCUCCAUACCCGAACCGCACACCAGUUCUUUCUAUUGCAGCAAAGGAAAUUCCAGCAUACAUACGCCUUAGCGCUAUCCGACAAGCCAUACAACAUGCUAAUAAGGACCUGCUUGGCGAGCCCAUGAUAUUUAAUUUGGUAGAUUGGCUCGAAGAAAAUCUACCUCGCAUAUUGGAAAACCCAGGAAAGCUGCGGACCGUCUCCGUCGAGACAUUAUCUCACUCCAGGAACGAGUCGACCACCAACAGCUGCAUUAAAUCGACUAGAAGAGCACCAAAGCCGCUGAAUCUAAGCCCUGGAACCCCCCAAAGCCUGGAAAUUCGGAAAAAAUGGGAGUCACGACAAACUACCCCUGCUCAACAGAAAAUGCUCAGGGCGAGGCGAUCGCUUCCAGCAUGGGCUAUGCAGGAAGCAAUUAUCCAUGCUGUCCAUUCUCACCAGGUUACUAUCGUAUCGGGUGAGACGGGGAGCGGCAAAAGCACCCAGUCAGUUCAAUUCAUUCUUGACGAUAUGAUAAAACGAGAUUUCGGUUCGGCCGUGAACAUCGUCUGUACGCAGCCCAGACGAAUUUCUGCCCUGGGACUUGCUGAUCGUGUUAGCGAUGAGCGCUGUUCCACUGUUGGUGAUGAGGUAGGCUACGUUGUCAGGGGCGACUCGAAAGUGAAAUAUGGCACAACGAAGAUUACGUUCAUGACUACUGGUGUACUGUUACGCCGCAUGCAAACGGGUGGCCAAGAUGUUGUCAGUUCCCUUGCAGAUAUUAGCCAUGUGGUUGUUGAUGAAGUUCAUGAACGGAGUCUUGAUACGGAUUUUCUUUUAGCAUUGUUGAGGGACGUCCUCCGACGUCGUAAGGAUCUUAAGCUCAUUCUAAUGAGUGCUACAUUGGAUGCAGAUAUAUUUACGCAAUACUUUGGAGGAGGCGGUAAAGUUGGGCGAGUCAAUAUAUCCGGGAGAACAUUCCCCGUUGAAGAUCUCUAUCUCGAUGACGUCGUUAGGCGGACUGGCUUCAGCCCUGGAAAUCAAUAUUUGGCUUGGGAUGAAUAUUCUGGUUCGAAUGACGACGAUUCCACGGAUACUUCCGUCGGUGCCAUACUCCAAAAAAUCGGAAUGGGUAUUAAUUACGAUUUGAUUGCGUUUACGGUCCGCUAUAUUGAUUCGCAACUAAAGGACCAGCCAGGCGGCAUCCUUAUCUUCCUACCAGGUACCAUGGAAAUAGAUCGAUGCUUAGCUGCUCUAAAUCAUCUUCCAUUUGCUCACCCGUUGCCAUUACAUGCAUCUCUUUUACCAACUGAACAGCGUCGGGUCUUCCUGCCAGCUCCACCUGGGAAAAGAAAAGUAAUUGCUGCCACUAAUGUCGCGGAAACGUCCAUCACAAUCGAAGAUGUGGUUGCUGUCAUAGACACGGGGCGUGUCAAGGAAACGCGUUACGACCCUGCUGACAACAUGGUCCGCCUGGAAGAGGUGUGGGCAUCGCAGGCUGCUUGUAAACAGCGUCGAGGUAGAGCAGGUCGAGUGAGCAGUGGAACUUGCUACAAGAUGUAUACACGGAAGGCAGAAGCCAAUAUGGCCCCCAGGCCAGAACCUGAGAUCCGACGCGUACCCCUGGAGCAACUGUGUCUUUCAGUCAAAGCAAUGAGGGGAAUAGAAGAUGUAGCAGGCUUCCUUGCAAACACACUUACCCCACCCGAGAACGUCGCGAUAGAAGGUGCACUAGAACUUCUCCACCGCAUUGGUGCACUUGAUAAUCAGCAGUUAACGGCUUUGGGUCGGUAUAUUUCCAUGAUUCCAACGGAUCUACGUCUAGCGAAACUAAUGAUAUACGGCGCAAUAUUCGGGUGUCUUGAAUCAUGCCUAACAAUCGCAGCAAUACUUACUGUCAAAAGCCCGUUUGUAUCGCCUCGAGACAAAAGGGAAGAGGCCAAGCAAGCUCGGGCAUCGUUUUCAACGGGGGACGGAGACUUGCUGAUCGACUUGGCGGCGUACCAGCAAUGGUCUGAAAGAGUCAAACAGCAGGGCCUCUGGAAAACACAAUCAUGGUGCAACGACAACUUCCUCGUGCCCAAAACUCUUCGCGAAAUAUCCUCCAACAAAUCUCAACUGCUAUCCUCGCUCAAAGAUAUCGGCAUAAUCCCGGUGAACUACAGAUACGCAGAUGAAAGUGCUAGCACGCCUCCAAACCGCUGGAAUACCCACAACUCCAACACGCAACUCCUCCGCGCCCUGAUCGCCGGCGCCUUCAACCCCCAAAUCGCCAACAUCAGCUUCCCAGACAAGAAGUUCGCUCCAUCGGUGUCCGGGACCAUAGAGCUAGACCCUGAUGCGCGCACGAUCAAAUACUUCAACCAGGAAAACGGCAGGGUGUUCGUGCACCCCAGCUCCAGUCUCUUCGACGCGCAGAGUUUCUCCGGUUCUGCCACAUAUGUGAGCUACUUCACGAAAAUGGCAACUAGCAAAGUGUUCAUCCGCGAUUUGACCCCGUUCAACGCAUAUAGCCUCCUCCUAUUCUCGGGGCCCAUAACCUUGGAUACUCUAGGCAGGGGCGUGCUGGUAGAUGGCUGGCAGCGUUUGCGCGGCUGGGCGCGGGUCGGUGUACUGGCCUCGCGUCUACGUAUGUUACUGGACGAAGCUCUAGCGCAGAAGAUGGAUAACCCAGGCCUUGAGGACGUGGGUGAAGAGAAGGUGAUAGAUGUUGUGAGGCAUUUGGUUGUUUUUAAUGGACUGGAUCAGUAGUAGGUAAAAAUUGAUAAAUAGACGGAGUCAUACGUGAUCAUGAUGAGUGGCGUUUGCUUUGUUCUGUUUUUGGGGGUAUAUCCGUCAAUGCUCUGAUGACAUCCCUUUUUGGACACGUUCUUUGGACACAUCUUCCCAGAUUCCCACUUCGCCGGAUGGGUAACUACGCAAAUAUAAAAAGCAUUUUAGAUCAAUGGCGUAGACAAAUAAACACAGGUCACGGUUCUAACUACGAUGCUUCCGUGGAAGCGAGAUUUGGAAUAGGAGAAUAUACAUAGACCAAGCUGAUAAUUGCAGACUACCUAAUGUAGCAUAAAAGUUCCGCCCAAGUCUUCCCAUCCAUCGCCAUUCUUCAGAUUCUUCAACAAGAGCAAGAGGGAUAAGUCCGCUUGAAGGCUUAGGACUGAAAACGGGAAUAGAAUUAAACUUAUCAUUGAUCAAAACGAGAAAAUAAUCAUUCAUAAAAUAGAAUGAAACACAAUAAAAGCUAGACCAUAAGAGAGUAAAACACGCAGCAAGCCAAAGAAAAAAGAGAAAGGGGACCGGAAUCAUGGAAAAAUAAUAGAAUCCGACAACUCCAUUCUCCGCGCGCCCAGCCACCCCACCCGAGCAAAAAACCAAACAGUCCCAAAA